AUGCCCACGGGUGGCCGGACGCUCCACGUGACCACAAAGCGGCCUCAGUCACGUGCACAGGGCGCCGGCGCCCCCAACAGCGGAGAAGCCCCGCCGCCAGCCGCCCGCUUUGUGCACCUUCUCUUUGCCGCUGCAGGAGUGGCCGGCGGCACAAACACGUUCGUGGCGCCGCUGGACCGCUCGACCGCGCCGCUCGCGUCCGUGCUGCUGCCCGUGUACGCGGACGAAGACGCGUUCGCCGAGGCCGUGGCCCAGUUCCGGCAGGCCGUGGGCGAGCAGAACGUGACGCUGGACAGCGUUGUCACGCGGCUGUACGCCGACUCGUUCUUCUCCACGCACCACCCGCCAAACCCCGACGUCCAGACGCCCUCCGUGGUGGUGUACCCGCAAAACACGGAGCAGGUGUCGCGGGUGUUGCAGAUCGCGCACCACCACCGCGUGCCCGUGGUGGCCAGCGCUGGCUUGACGUCGUUGGAGGGGCACAACAUGCACACGCGCGGCCCACGCUCCGUGGCCUUGGCGCUCGGCGGCUUGGACGAGGUGGUGCAGUUGAACGCCGCCGACUUGGACGUCACGGUGCAGGCCGGCGUCGGGUGGCAGGAGCUCGACGAGUACUUGCGGCUGAGCGAGGCCGGCAGGCACCUCAUGUUCGGGCCCGACCCGGGCAUGGGCGCCACCAUCGCGGGCAUGGUGGGCACGUCGGCGUCCGGCACCAACGCGUACCGCUACGGCACCAUGAAGGAGAAUGUGGUUAACUUGACCGUCGUGCUCGCGGACGGCACCGUGGUGAAGACGCGCCGCCGCCCGCGCAAGUCUCUGGCGGGCUACGACCUCACGCGGCUUUUCAUCGGCUCCGAGGGCACCUUGGGCAUCGUCACCGAGAUCACCGUCAAGUUGCACCCGCGCCCGGCGCACGAGCUCGUGGGCAUUGCUGCGUUUCCCAGCAUCAAGGACGCUGCGGCCACCGCACAGACCAUCCUCUCGCGGCUGGGCCUCCAGCCCAACGCCAUUGAGCUCGUCAACGAAACCACCAUGAGCUUUGUCAACGAAAGCGGCGUGCUGGACAAGAAGUUCUUGGAGACGCCGUCGUUGCUCUUGAAGGUCGGCGGCUACAACGACCGCGCCAUCCGCGAGCUGUUGCAUCUGAUCGAGCAGAUUGCCCGCGAGAACCACGUGAUCCUGUUCGAGAAGUCCGCGUCUCCCGAGGACAACGACGUGCUCUGGGGCGCGCGCCGUGCCGGCUUGUGGCUGACGUUCGACUACGGCGCCAAGGUCUUGGAGGACAAGAACGACGUCCAGCUCUGGACCACCGACUUCGCGGUGCCCAUCUCGAAAAUGGCGCAGUUGAUCGACGAGACCAACGCCGACUUGAUUGCGCUGGGAUUCCAGAACCGCUUCUCCGUGUUGGGCCACGUGGGCGACGGCAAUUGCCAUUUCCUCCUCUUGUACAACUCCAAAGACUACCACAAGACCAAGGCCGUGGUCGACCGCAUGGUCGAGCGUGCCAUCCACUACGAAGGCACUUGCACGGGCGAGCAUGGCGUGGGUGUGGGAAAGAGGGCCUACGUCGAGGCCGAGCUAGGCACCCCGGCAGUCGACUUGAUGCGCCGGUUGAAGUUCGCCUUGGACCCUCGUGCGAUCUUGAACCCAGACAAGGUGUUCAAGAUUGACCCCCACGAGAAUUUGGACGAGUUGUUGAACUCGGGCCACGUGCUUGAGAACCCAAAGUGCUGCUAG